UACGGUGGUGGAAAGGAUGGCUUAAAUUGCACCUCUGGAUUCCCGAGCAAGGCAGAAAUGGCGACUGCCGCUCGGCUUCUACGUCGGCAUGUGUCGAGCUGGAGGCUGCAGCCACUGCUGCCGCCCAUUGCCUGCCUGGUUUCCCGGCGUGCCCACUCGCUUUUGCCUGUGGACGAUGCGAUCAACGGGCUAAGCGAGGAGCAGAAGCAGCUUCGUCAGACCAUGGCUAAGUUCCUUCAAGAACAUUUGGCUCCCAAGGCCCAGGAGAUUGAUCAGAGCAAUGAGUUCAAGGACCUUCGAGAGUUUUGGAAACAACUUGGGAAGCUGGGAGUAUUGGGCAUCACAGCCCCAGUUCAGUAUGGUGGCUCUGGCCUGGGCUACCUGGAACACGUGCUGGUGAUGGAGGAGAUAUCGAGAGCUUCUGGAUCUGUGGGGCUCAGCUAUGGUGCCCACUCCAACCUCUGCCUCAACCAGAUUGUGCGCAAUGGGAAUGAGGCCCAGAAGGAGAAAUACCUUCCCAAGCUGAUCACUGGUGAGUACAUCGGAGCCCUGGCCAUGAGCGAGCCCAAUGCUGGCUCUGAUGUUGUCUCCAUGAAGCUGAAAGCAGAAAAGAAAGGUGAUCACUAUGUCCUGAAUGGCAACAAGUUCUGGAUCACCAACGGCCCCGACGCUGAUGUCCUCAUUGUCUAUGCCAAGACAGAUCUGGCUGCUGUGCCAGCUUCCCAGGGUAUCACGGCCUUCAUUGUGGAGAAGGGAAUGCCAGGCUUCAGCACCUCCAAGAAACUGGACAAGCUGGGGAUGAGGGGCUCUAACACCUGUGAGCUGAUCUUUGAAGACUGCAAAGUUCCUGCUGCCAACACCCUGGGCCAGGAGAGCAAGGGCGUCUAUGUGCUGAUGAGUGGGCUGGACCUGGAACGCCUGGUGCUGGCAGGUGGGCCCCUUGGGUUGAUGCAAGCCGUCCUUGAUCACACCAUUCCUUACCUGCACAUGAGGGAAGCCUUUGGCCAGAAGAUCGGGCACUUUCAGCUGAUGCAGGGAAAGAUGGCUGACAUGUACACCCGUCUCAUGGCGAGUCGGCAGUACGUCUACAACGUAGCCAGGGCCUGCGAUGAGGGUCACUGCACUCCCAAGGACUGUGCCGGGGUAAUUCUCUACUCAGCUGAGUGCGCCACACAGGUGGCCCUGGAUGGCAUCCAGUGCUUGGGUGGCAAUGGCUACAUCAAUGACUUUCCCAUGGGCCGCUUUCUUCGAGAUGCCAAGCUAUAUGAGAUCGGGGCUGGGACCAGCGAAGUGAGGCGACUGGUCAUCGGCAGAGCCUUUAACGCAGAUUUCCGUUAGCCAAGAAACCGUGUGCCUUUCUCCAGGAGCAGACGUGGGCGUGACAGCCCGCUGCACGCCUAAGGCGGCCCACAGCCCUUCUCUAGCCCUUGAGCCUCUCCAGGAGGUCGAGGUCUUCACACUGUGAACAUCACGCCUCCCGGAUGGGCCAACCAAGCAGGAGUGCUUUGAAUAGACUCUGGCAGGAAGCAUGGCCUUUCCUGGGGUUUUCAGAAAGCUUUGGUGAUCAUGCCUUGGCUCUGCAACCUUGGUCCUGACACUCUCCUCUUUCAGGAGUGGUGUCCACUCCUUUCUCUUGGUGGGGAGCCUUGCCCACUCAAGUAAAGCCCAGAUCGAUCCUCACCCUGCCUGCCAGUUCCUUGAGGCGUUCUCUCCCAGCAUCUUCAUCUUGGGACACCCAAGCCAGAACACGUGGUGGGGCAAAGGAUGAUGUGGCAGCACCUCGGAGCCUCCUCCACAACACUAAUGGGUCCUGGCCUGAUGACCUUCUGCAGCUGACCAGGAAGUGGGUGCAGGCCCUGGCAAGGCCUAGGUCUCCUGGCUCAACUCCAGCUGAGGCUGCCUCUGAACGUUUCUCUAGAUGCCCUGUGGUUAAUCAUGUUACAGCUACACCAUGGCAGCUGCCUUUUUUUAUUAAACAUAUUGUGAAGAAA